UAUGUGCAGAUGACCUCUUUCUCCUCUGUCCUGCUGUUAAGGUGGUGCAAGUGAUCACUGACUGCUCUGCUUUGUUUUAUGCCAAGCAGGGAUUUUAGCUGCAGCAAGCAAGUCACUGGACACAAGGUUCAAACUUCAGCAACGCCUGUUAAAGAGGUUGUGCCUGAAAAAAAGUUCUCUCCAUCAAUGGAAACACUGCUGAUGUUUCCUGCUCCAGAACUAGGUGGUACACAAGGAAAAUGUGAGGAGGCCAGGAAGAAAAUGUGUCUACUUAACCCUGUUCAACUAAAUAAAACCAGGAGGGUUCUCUUUGACCUUUCAGCAGUUGAUAGGCAGCAGGAAUCUGAAGACUUAGAGAUUAAAGAACUGCAAGCAUGUCCAAGCCCUCGGUGGUGUCAUGCCAUGUGCCUGAGUGACCCUGAAACUGCAGUUCUGAUUGGUGGUGAAGGAGCUAAUCAACAAUUUUCCAAGGAUGCUCUCUGGAAACUGGAAAUAGACAAUGACUUCUGGUUCCCCAUGGAUUUCCCAACAAAUGUUUCUAUGCCACAGUGUUCCUGGGGUCAUAGUGCUACCUAUGACCCAGACACCAAGCGCAUCUACAUCUUUGGGGGUGUAAAGGAGGGGAAGCAGUGUGGCAGCAUCUAUAUUCUGGACACGGCCUCUUGGAAGUGGCUUCAUGUGUCUGCUAAGGGGAAAGUGCCCAUGCUGGCCUACCACAGUGCAAUCGUCUACCGCAAGGAGCUAUUUGUCUUUGGAGGAGCUUUCCCUAAAAUGUCUUCCUUGGAGACAGGAGCCUGCAGCAAUGUUCUUUUCAUUUUCAACCCAGAAUAUGAGAUCUGGUACCAACCCAUUAUUGAGGGGGAGAAGCCUCUGCCUAGGCUUGGCCAUUCAGCUACUCUGUUGAGGAACAAGUUGGUCAUAUUUGGGGGCCAGAGGACCUCUACAUAUUUGAAUGACAUGCACAUCCUGGAUUUAGGUUUCAUGGAGUACAAAUCAGUUCGUUUUCUCUCUGGACAACCUUCUGCUCGCAGUUUCCAUGCUGCUGUCCCAGUCUCAGAUCAGAAACUGCUGAUAAGUGGAGGGUGCAAUGCCAAAGGAGCCUUUCAGGAUGCAUUCACAUUCCAUCUGGAUACUGCGACUUGGAGCACAGUCAAGCACAGGGACCUUUGUUCUGUGCCCCGGGCCGGCCACACACUGUUGAACUUGACUUACGCUCACCUGACUGAUGUGGAUAAGAAAAGCCAGGGCAAGCACAACCUGUGUACAGUGCUGGUCUUCGGCGGCACAGACCGUGCUGGUAAAUUCUACAGCACCACAAGCAAACUCCAGCUGGACCUUGAGGUGGUGACAGCAGCUUCUCAGGAUCCAGUCUGAGCCACUGGAAGUUUUGUGCUAUGGCCAUAGAUAAGGAGCAGCAGAAAAACUGUGGACUUGGAGAAAAAUUAUGGUUUACAACUGUGUUAAUGAGGAUGGGAUGUCAAGGUAGUACUUUUUCUUUUUUUUUAUGAAGGCCUUAUUAUUUACAUCCCUUGGUUACCAAGAGGUAGAGCACAGAUUGCAGUUGGCUUUCACUUUCAUGUUUUUUUGGGCAGCGUUCUUGAUUAUUGCUGCCCUUAAAUCCCCUACUGUUCUUCAAUCUGUGACAUACCCUAAUUCUGGGAUUAAGAAGCCAUAGGGCUGCUACUGUGACAUGCCCCAAUAUCCAGUCCUGAGGAUCUCUGUGUUCCAUUUAUAGCUUGUAUUAUUAGUGGAGGGGACACACUGGAUGCUCCCUACAAGUGAAUGAAUAAAUACUACAGAAAGUUUGCAAAUUCUAGAAGUUUUCAAGGUGGGGCUACAGAUACUUGCUAUAGCUGUGAAAUACUUAGGUCAGAUUUACAUUCCCCUAGAAUCUGUAUCUUUUUACUCCAGUUUGUUUUUUCUCCAAUAUAUUGCAUUGCUCUUCUGAACUCCCCAUCCUACUGGUCUGGCUAAUGCUGUCCAUGUUUUGAGCAACCUGCACCUAAAUUCUCUAAUGAAGCAUGCACAGAAAUCCUGACUACCAGAGUUUGGCUUAGUCAUUCCCGAUUUGUUCACUGAAUAUAUGAAUCUUGCAUGAUGAUAAACAAUUGUGUCCCCAGACCAGAGAAACUACGUAUAUUUGUAUGCCUUAUACAGGUCAGAAGAGUCAUCCUUUUUCUGCUGCAGAAUGAUUGUUAUGGACUGAACAUAUUCAGCUCUAAUUAACACUUCAGAGAAAUGUGUGUACUUUCCUCUUACAGAAAAAGUGGCAACCCCCAUGGGGUUCAAAAGCUUUCUA